GUCUCAUCUAUCAGAACUACAUCGUCUGCAAAAAGCAUACACCACGGCACCUCCCCUUGUGAAAUCAUUUGAAAUAAUUUCAUCAUUUGUUAAAAGGUUAUAUGAAAAAAAUCAUUUUAGUAUUAGUUUGACGAGUAGAUUUUAUGGCGAGGAUGUUCCAAAAUUUUUCUAAUCGUUUUCUUAUAAAUAACUAACGCAUGUUACGUUUAGUAAGACAUGUAUAUCUCUUAAACUUGGCCUACAUCUUAUCUUAAUUUAAUAUUUGAUUUUCUUAUCUAAUCUAAGUUUGGUCGGUAAACCGUAGUUAGCGGAUCCUUUAGGGUGCCUAAUCCCUUCCCUUUAGGAUAACUAGAACCCUUACCUAGAAUCGUUUAGGUUAAGUAGACGUUAAAAUGAAGUCCUUAAUUGCUUUAAUUAUAGUGUAUAAUAGGUGUCCUAAUUCACCGUAGAACUAAUUAGGUGGUGACUUUCUUAAUUUUAUUAGAAGUUUUUCAAUAUGUCGUACCUCGGUUUGACCCGUGUUAAAAUGGGGUAUAACAACUUGGCGACUUCACUGGGGAAUACUUAUGUUCUUAACCAUAACAAACUUAAGUUAGUAAUUAAGUCUUUUUAUUUUGUUAUUUGUUUCACCCUAAUUGUCUUCUUUUUUCAUGUUUGUAUGGCGUAAAUUAUUUAUUUGCUAUUGUUUUGUAUAAAUUGCUUACUUGUUUACUGCUUUGUAAAUUGGCAUUCCGUUCAUAUUUCCUCCACUUUAGAAAAUUGACACACACACAUUGUGCAUGCAGAUUGUACAUUGUACUUUCCCAAAAUUCUUUCAAGUCACCAAUUUUAGAGAGUCGGCGCAUACGUAGGGUGAGCGAGAGUUUUAUUGUCGUGGGACCACGUGCUUUCUCAUGUAGGAAAUCCAAGUCCGUGUUUACCCAAAUCUUAGAAAAACUUAAGAUAGAGUGUUGCCACCCUUGAUUUAGGCCAUGCAUAUGCUUAAGCCGUAGGUUGUUUGACCCAUGGUGUAUUCCACGAAUUUAGGAAACGCUUUUAUGUCAAAAGGGUUCACAACCCGACGUCGACCUUCAUAUGAGUUUGGAAAAGCAUUUGCUUAUGUUGUCUUCUUGUAGGUUGCUAGAAUAGAUAACUUACCUAAUUCUGCCAACACCCAAAUGGUUGUGUGUGUGCCACUUAAGCUAAGGAGAUGGUGGGAGAACAUCAAGAUGGAGCAUGGGUUCGAGAUUAGGAGAACUUUGGGUUUCUUGACAUCAUUGAUCUACAUCCUUUCUGACAGACAUAUAGUCAAGGCAUUGCUCAAGUUCUGGGAUUCCAAGUAUCAAGGAUGGGGUAUGAUCUUACCUCGCAAACAGUUAGGAACGAAAUUCUUGCACCUUCUUGGGCUCAAAAACAACCUCAAGCUUGCAUGUUUGGAUCGUGAUUGGAUUUCUCUUAACUACUUGUAUGAAAUAUUUGGUCGCAAGGAUGGUCACAAGGUCUUUAGCAGGGAAUUCUCUUGUUCUACUGAGAGUUGGAGAAAGAAACGUCAUAUCGCUUUUGCCAUUGCUUUACUAGGUAUUCUGGUUUUUCCUUUGGAGCAUGGAAGGAUUGACACUUUCCUUAGUUUCGUGGUUCGAGAUCUCUUUCGUGGGGUUGAAAAUGCUAAAGUUAUACACUGGUUUCGAUGAUUGUAGCAGAAAUGACGAGAGAACUGUCCAAAUGUGCCAGAGAAAGAAGGUUCUUUGAAGGAUGCAAUCUCCUUCUUCAGAUUUGGGCUGUAGAACAUUUCUAUAGACGUAACGCCAUGGUCGACAUACUCUUUAGCAGACCUAAUAGGAUCGACUCUCAUCUACAAAUGAUGGCAAAAUUUGUAGCUCCUGUGGGUACACAUGAUUGGUAUGCAUUCAUAAGGGUGCUCACGGGCAAUCAAAUCCAAUGGAGGUACCCAUGGUUGUCACCUCGCGCUGCCGUCAUCAGGGGUCGUACGACAUACUAUAUUGAACUUAUUGGCUUGAAAGGUCUUCAACCAUGUGCUCCCUCAUGAGUGCUUCGAAAAGUUGGACAUCAAGUCAUUAUUCCACUUUGUUUGGAUAUGAGCAGAUUUGAGGUUGAUUUCGGGCCACUCUUUGAGAUUCCUAGAACAAUGGAGUUGCUUCGAGAAUGGAGAAAUUUGAUGACAAUACAUGUGCUUAACGAGCAAGUUUACUAUACUCCAGAGUAUUAUGUGUGGUUAUCAGUAGCAGCUAUGGAGGAUGCAGGCUUUAACCGUCAAGGACAAGCCGUUGGGUAUGAAGAUCUUGAAGAAACAGAACGGGCACAUGGUAUCCUGAUCAACCACUUUGUCAUCCCACCUAAAAUAUGGGAACAAGUCAUUCCCGAAUCUUUGGCACACUUUGGAGCAUGAGGACUUAGUUUAGUGCCUAGAAUUUCUUUUAUCAUGUACUUUCUUUAUGUUUUGGCUAGGAUUUUUGUUUUAUUAUCAUGUACUCUCUUUAUGUUUUUGAAAUCAAUGUAAUGGUCUAAUGAUGACAUUUAAAUGAAGUAGUUUGUUUCUCAUUUUCUAACUCCAAACUCGAGCAAUGUCAUUAAUUAAGAUCAAUUUUCAUUAUCCCAAUUAUUUGGCGUAUAGGCCCACCUCUUGGCGUAAAAGAGGUCCCAUGCAUAAUAUGAUGCGUUUUUUAUUGUUGAAAUUUCUUUUUAUUAUGUGCUUUAUUUGCAACAUGAUGCACGUUUUUCUUACAUAGUUUGCUUAAUUGCAAGUUAUUUUAUGCAUACAAAUUAUUUGCCUAUUUUCUCUUGAAGGUUUUCUUUCCUCUAAUUUAUUCCCCCAAAGGUUGAUUUGUGUUGACUAUGAACUGGCUGAUCACCCAUACUUUAUGAGAUCAAAAGCAUGAGCAAACGCCAAUAUGACUGAUUCAUCAUGUCCUUCAUGAUGAACAUAUAGCUCAUAUGAUGCAACAAAUGGCCGACAUACAAAGUGAAAUCGAUCGACUUCGAAACCUCACCAAACUGUCCAUUAGCAUGAAUACUCCACUUCCUGAACAUGGAACAAAUACCACUAUUCCAUCUUCUUUUCCUCCUAUUUAUCCUCCCAUCCCUAACAUUUCCCACCAAAUCCAUUAGUCCACCAAAACAACCGUAUUCCUACCAAAUCUCCCGUUAACCCAUAAGAAAACAACUCGCAACAAUUCGACUCGUAACAAACAAAAACCCAUUACCCUUCACUACUCCAUAUGUUCCUCAAGCUCCUAACCAAACUUCAUUUGCCCAAGCUCCACAUACCCAAAAUACCUCACUUACCCAAACUACCCAGUUGUCCAAAACCACCAAGUGGCCCCACAUAUAUUGGUGGCACAUGCUGCAAUUCCUAACACGCAAUAUGUGCCACUAGUAUAUGUAGCGGGAGCUCAACCUUUCACUAUUCCAAUGCCGAAGUUGGUCCAAAUGAAGAGAUGGAAAAGGAAGUAAGGUCAAAAACAUAUAAAAAUGUAGCAAAGGAGAUUCACAGUUUAAAGAAAGCAUUCAUAAGCAUCCAACAAUAGGAAGGAUGUGAAGGACUUGAGUAUGAAGAUUUAUAUGUUCAUCCAGAUGUUGAUUUACCGAUAGGGUAUAAGGUGCCAAAAUUUGAUAUGUUUGAUGGAAGAGGGAAUCCUCGAGCUCAUUUAAGGCCGUAUUGUGACAAGCUAGUGGGAGUAGGGAAAAAGGAGGCCAUUAGAAUGAAGCUGUUCAUAAGGAGUUUGACUGGAGAAGCUCUAGAUUUGUACACGAGCCAAAACCCACAUAAAUGGCAUAGUUGGAAUGCCUUGGCACAAGAAUUUAUGGAUAGGUUCAGGUUUAGCACUGAAGUCAUCCCAGAUUGAUUCCACUUGAUGAAGAUGGAGAAGAAAUCAACAGUCCUUCAAAGAAUAUGCCAUGCGGUGGAGAUCAGAUGCCGCGAAAGCUCAACCUCCUAUGGAGGAAAGUGAAAUGACUUCUCUUUUUGUGCAGUCUCAAAAAGAUGCGACAAGUAAGGCAAUGCAAUCUGAUCCAACUAGGGGAGCGAACAAAAAGAAGAAGGAUGGAGUUUCUGCAGUCAUAACCAUUCAGGAGAGGACCAAACCAAAUGUUAACAUACCAAAAUCCACUACCCUAUCCCUCCUAUUAUGACCAAUAUACCCAAGCUCCUCACCCGUAUUACCAACAUUUUACAUGCCCCAAAUCUAGUUUAUGCCACUCAGCCAAUAUAUUAUCCACCAUGAGCACAAACCUAUCAAAACCCACCACAAUAUCAACCCACCUAUCCUCCUCAAACCCACUACCAACCAUAAAAAUCGUCCUUCAAAUUCACCCAGUCCUCGUUCGAACUAUGAAAAAAGGCCAACCAAAACCUAUACACCUCUAGUUGAACCCUUAUUCCAACUGUAUGAAAGAAUGAGAACUGCAGGAGUACUCCAGCCGAUCUAAGGUAGAAUUCCCAAUCCCCUUCCUGGAUGGUAUGAUGGGACAAAGCAUUGUGCUUACCACUCUAGGGUUGCUGGGCAUGACACUGAGAAUUGUCUUACUCUCAAGGAUAAGAUUGAGGCGCUAAUCAAAGAAGGAGUUAUUCAGCUCAAAGGAGCUCCCCCCAAUGUGAACAACAAUCUCUUGCCAAAUCAUGGGGAUGCCCAUGUGAACAUGAUCACCAUUGAUGAAGAAUGUAAUUUGGAAGGGACUAUUGUAUCAGUCGGUGAUAAAGAAAAAAUGGAAACGUCAACUUUUGUCGCACCUGUAAUUACAGUCCAGAUACGAGCGAUACGAGCGCCAAUUGAAGUAGAAGUUGAUGUUCCCAAACCUACGAUCACAGCCUUAGUUACUCGAACACCUUUAAAUACUAAGGUAGUUCCUUGGAAUUACUCAACUGAUGCAAAGGACAAAGGAAAAGGAAAGUUCAUUUUAGAAGCUGCUGUUGCAGGAAUGACAAGAUCUGGACAUUGCUAUGCCCUUGAAGGAGUUGCGCAAGUAGUGUUUAAUAAGGAGAAUAGUCUGAAGAAAGUCCUGAUAGAGGCCGAGGUAGAGGAUUUUUGGAGGAAAAUGCCGACUAAGGAAUAUUCUGUUGUGGAGCAGCUGAAGAAGACUUCUGCCCAAAUCUCCUUGUUGUCAUUAUUGUUGAAUUCUUCAACUCAUAGGAGUGCUCUGGUAAAGGUGCUGAAUGAAGCUUAUGUGCCAACUGAGAUGACUAGCGAGAACCUUUCAGCUCUGGUAGGACAAGUCUUGGAAGCUAAUAUAGUCUCUUUUCAUGAAGAUGAGUUGCCGCCCGAAGGCCUGGGGCAUAAUAGAGCAUUAAACAUCACUGUCAGGUGUAAGGAUAAGUUUGUUUCUAAAUUUCUCAUUGACAAUGACUCAACUGUUAAUAUUUGUCCUUUUACUACCCUCCGAGCUUUGGAAAUUGACAUUGGGAAAGUGCACAAAAGUAAUGUAAAGGUUAAAGGUUUUAAUGGGACUCAAAGAGGAGUUAUUGGAGAAAUUGAUUUAUCACUACAAAUUGGACCUGUGGAGUUUACAGUAGAAUUCCAAGUGUUGGACAUUUCUGCUAGUUACAAUUUGUUGCUCGAAAGACCAUGGAUUUAUAGUGUUGGUGCAGUCCCUUCUACCCUGCAUCAGACUUUGAAGUUUGUCUGGGAUUAUCAUGAGAUUGUGAUUCAUGGAGAGAAGAAUAGUUCUAUCUACCAACAGAACUCAGUCCCUACUAUUGAACGAGUAGAACACCUGGACGGAUCCAUUUUUCAUGUUAAAUGGACCAUGUGUAUUGCUAAGGUAGAAAGGUUAAAGUUACCACGGGCCCUUAUGACGGUGGCCUUGGAAAUGUUGAAGAAUGGUUUUGUGCCUGGUCAAGGUCUUGGCAUGAACUUAGAUGGAAUACUAGAGCCAAUUCAAUUGUAUGAGCCUACUCCUGAAGAAGUCUCAUCGGCUAAUCUCAAAAGGAAAGAUGACAUUCUCCUGCCAAAGCCUAUCCUAUUCCUAGAUCAGUCAUUUUCCAAAGCAUUUGUUGCCCAAAUAUCAGAAGAAGAUGCUGAAGAAGACCUCAUUGAAGGAGUCAAAAACUUGUUCAUUACUGAAGAAGAAGAAGAUGCUGAAGAAGACCUUGUUGGAGGAGUCAAAAACUUGUUCAUUACUGAAGAAGAAGCUGAGUGCAAUAUGAUUUUGGAGGAUUGCACGAGACCCUGACUAUUUGGGAUACUGAGCCUGGAGAUGCUUGCUUUGAACAAUUGGACUUGUACCCCAUCCCUGGUUCUUCGGGAAUCUUAGUAGAUAAUUGUAUGAGUAUUUACAACACGAUUCUAAAUUGAGGCCUAAAUCAUCUUUAUGAAUUUAUGUGUUUUGCCUCCACUUUUUGAAAGCUUAAAUGCCAAAUCCAAAUGAUGUUUUGCUAUUUUUAUUUCAAAUCGUCUUCAUUAAUUUAUUUCCUCUUUUUUCCUUUUUCAGCAAGCAAAGUAACAAAUCUGCCAAUACUAUGAAUGUGACACAUAUAAUGAAACAAGCGAAAUAAUUCCAAAUAGCGAACACGAUUUUGUAUAAUAUGAAGAAGAUCUGAAGAGUUGACUAAAGAAUUUGAACAUUUUGAAAAUAAGGCAAAACCAAAUUUGGAUAAAACUGAGACAAUAAACUUGGGGGAUGCGGAACUCAUCAGAGAAACAAGGAUUAGCGUUCAUUUGACUCCAUCCCAAAGGAAUGAAUUGAUUGGUCUUUUGAAGCAAUAUAUAGAUGUGUUUGCAUGGUCCUAUGAUGAUAUGUCGGGUUUAAGCACAAACAUUGUUUCUCAUAGGUUGCCAACUGAUCCAUCUUGUCCUCCUGUAAAGCAAAAACCAAAAAAGAUGAAGCCUAAUUUAAGUUUGAAAGUCAGGGAGGAAAUGUCCAAGCAAUUCGAUGCCAACGUCAUUCGAGUUACGAAGUAUCCCACUUGGUUGGCCAACAUUGUACCCGUGCUAAAAAAAAUGGAAAAAUCAGAGUAUGCGUGGAUUAUUGGGAUUUCAACAAGGCUAGCCCAAAGGGUGAUUUCCCUCUACCAAAUAUUCACAUACUCUCAUUGAUUGCUUCGUAGGUUACCAUCAGAUCCUGAUGAACGAGGAAGAUGCCGAGAAAACUGCAUUCAUCACACCUUGGGGAGUAUAUUGUUAUCGAGUGAUGCCUUUUGGACCCUAGAACGCAGGGGAAACUUAUGUGAGGGCCAUGACUUCCAUUUUUCACGACAUGACCUACAAGGAGAUUGAAUUCUAUGUUGAUGAUGUCAUUAUCAAGUCGCGAAAGAGCUUAGAUCAUUUGAAAGAUUUGAGAAAGUUCUUUGACAGGUUGAGACGGUACGAUCUGAAAUUGAAUCCUGCAAAAUGUGCAUUUGGUGUCCCCGCUGGAAAGCUAUUUGGUUUCAUCGUGAGUAGGGAAGGCAUAGAAUUGGAUCCUUUAAAAAUAAAAGCUAUCUAAGACUUGCUUUCUCCAAGGAGUCAAAAGGAUAGGAUGAGUUUCCUAGGUCGACUCAAUUACAUCAACUGAUUUAUCGCACAAUCCACGGUUAUUUGUGAACCAAUAUUUAAGUUAUUGAGAAAGGAUGCAGCUACAAAGUGGAUAGAAGAUUGCCAACAAGCUUUUGACAUAAUCAAGGAUUAAUUUGUCUAAUCCAUCCAUUUUGGUGCCUCCAGAACCCGGAAGGCCAUUGUUGCUAUAUUUGUCUGUGUCAGAAAAUGCAUUUAGGUGUGUUUUAGGAUAACAUGAUGAAACUGAAAAGAAGGAACAAGCCAUAUAUUAUUUGAGCAAGAAGUUCACGCUUUCUGAAGCUCGGUAUACAUUAUUGGAGCGUACAUGUUAUGCCUCGACUUGGAUUGCACAAAAGUUAAGGCAUUACAUGUGCGCGUAUACCACUUUUCUUAUCUCCAGAAUGGAUUCGCUCAAGUAAAUCUUUCAGAAGACCAUGCCUACCGAAAAGCUAGCAAAGUGGUAGAUUUUGUUAAGUGAAUUUAACAUUAUUUAUGUUACUCAAAAGGCGGUGAAGGACAAGCUUUAGCUGACCAUCUUGUUGAAAACCCUAUAGAUGAAGAGUACAGGUCUCUUAAAACUUAUUUACCGGAUGAAGUUCUAAUUAUUGAUGAAGAAGAUAUUUCAUAAGCAUAUCCAGGUUGGAGAAUGUUCUUUGAUGGGGCUGCAAACUUCAAAGGAGUUGGUAUUGGGGUAGUACUAAUUUUGGAGUCGGGCCAACAUUAUCUGAUCUCAGCAAAGCUCAGAUUUCCGUGCACUAACAAUAUGGCAGGAUACGAGGCUUUCAUUCUUGGUCUUUGAAUGGUUGCUGAUAUGAACAUACAGGAACUGUUGGUUAUAAAAGAUUCAAAUUUAGUGGUUCAUCAAGUACAAGGAGAAUGGUGUGUCAAGAACGUGAAGCUACUUCCAUAUCUGGAGUGUGUGAAAGAGUAGCUCAAGAAGUUCAUUAAGGUUGAAUUUAAACAUGUCCCAAGAACUCAAAAUGAGUUAACAGAUGCAUUGGCAACUCUGUCCUCUAUGAUUCAACAUCUAGACAAGAAUUUCAUAGAUCCUAUCAAGGUGAAUAUACAAGACGAACGAUAUACUGUUUUCAUGUAGAUGCAGAACCAAACGGCAAACCCUGGUACUACGACAUCAAAAGGUAUCUCAAGGAAGGAGACUAUCCAGAAGGCAUAACCAGUAUUCAAAAGAGAACACUCCGGAGAUUGGCAAAUCACUUCUUCCUAAGUGGAGAUAUCCUUUAUAGGAGGACUCCAGAUUUAGAAUCGUUAAGGUGUGUCGACGCUCAAGAGGCUACCAAGUUAGUUGAAGAGAUACAUGGGGGCAUGUGUGGGCCGCAUAUGAAUGGUUUUAUUUUGGAAAAGAAGAUUCUUCAGGCUGGCUAUUUCUGGAUGACUAUAGAAACAGAUUGCAUUCACUUUGUGUGAAAAUGUCAUCAAUGUCAGAUUCAUGGUGACUUGAUUCUUGUUCCACCAAAUGAACUCAAUGUGACGAGUUCUCCUUGGUCGUUUGUAGCUUGGGGCAUAGGUGUCAUCAGUACUAUUGAGCCAUCUGCAUUAAAUGGACAUAGGUUUAUUUUGGUAGCUAUUGAUUAUUUCACCAAAUGGGUAGAAACCUCUUCAUACAAGUCUGUAACAAAGAAGUUGGUGACAAACUUUGUUCGCAAUAACAUUAUUUGUCGAUUCGGAGUUCCGAAAUUAGUUAUAACAGAUAAUGGAGCUAAUCUCAAUAAUGGCUUGAUGCGUGAGAUAUGUCAGAAGUUUAAGAUUACUCAUCGUAAUUCCAUCCCUUACCGUCCUCAGAUGAAUGGAGCAGUUGAGGCCGCCAACAAGAACAUCAAGUGAAUAUUGCGGAAGAUGAUUAAUAACUAUAAGCAUUGGCACGAGAAUUUUUCGUUUGCCCUCUUUGGCUAUCGCAUCACUAUUAGGACAUCUACUGGAGCAAUACCUUAUCUGUUGGUUUAUGGAACAGAAGCAGUGUUACCCGCAGAAGUAGAGAUACCAUCUUUGAGAAUCAUUUAGGAAGCUGAGUUGAGCGAUGCCCAAUAGAUUCAAAACCGGUAUGAACAAUUAAUGUUAGUUGAUGAAAAAAGGAUGAACGCAAUUUGUCAUGGGCAGCUUUAUCAGAAUAGAAUGGCCAAAGCUUUCAAUAAGAAGGUACGAUCGAGACAAUUCAAGCCAGGACAAUUAGUGAAGCGCAUAUUUUCGCACCAAAAUGAGGCUAAAGUGUUGAAGCGCAUAUUUUCGCACCAAAAUGAGGCUAAAGGAAAGUUUGCACCCAACUGGCAAGGAACUUACAUCGUUCAUCGAGUACUGACAGGUGGAGCAUUGGUCCUAGCGAAAAUGGAUGGUGAAGUGUGGCCGAAAGCCAUCAAUGCAGAUGCUGUUAAGAGAUACUAUGUUUAGAAGUCUUUUUCUCAUGUGAUGUUCCUUUCGCUAUGUAAUGAAACUAUGAAUGACCUAAUUCCCUUGGGGGAAUACGUAAGAAACCCACGUCGGGUUUGGUCUUUUAAGUAGAAAUUUCCCAAAAAAUCCCUCUUUACUGAUAAUGCGAACUACGGUUGACCUGACUUCCUUGGCGGAUACGUAGGUGGUCCACAUCAGCCUCGGUCACAUUAGAAGAAAAAUCAUUUCCCCCCUUUCUAUUUCAUAUGUAAUGAACUAUGUUCGGCCUGAUUCCCGUGGGAUACGUAGGCAACCCACGGAGGGUUUUGCCUCUUAGUUUUAAUUCUCUUAAAUAUAUUUUAUGAACUACGCUUGGCCUGAUUCCCUUGGCGAGAUACGUAGGCAACCUAUACAAGGCUCGGUCUCAUCAUCUUAGAACGUCAACAUCUUUCUAGUCAAAGCUGGGACAGCUUUUAAAGGGGCUUUAUUUCGAGAAAUGAUUGAGAAGACUUCAAGAGAUACCGAAGAGUGUGGGUUCAACCAAGUAGUUGAAAAAUGGACAUUCGCUUUGGACCAAGUAGUUGAAAAAUGGACAUUCGCUUUGGAUAACGGACGUUUGCAUUGUUUCACAACAUGUCACAGUUCAAAGUUUGGCAGAAUUCCUUUUACCACUAUGCAUAUUUGCAUAUUUUUAUUUAUCAAGUUAUUUGUCACUCUUAUCUUUAACUUUAAAUAGUUUUCAAUCAAAUAUUUUCUUAUUAUCCAUUGGCCCAAGAUAUGGGAUAAAUGGGGUAUGAGUCCAAACAAAGCUGGAAGCACGAAGUAUCAAGAGCCAGACCUUCAAAAGUCAACACAAAUCAACCAACCCCCAAACUUACAAAUUUUCUUCAACCAACCCCCAAACUUACAAAUUUUCUUUGAGUGCAGGUUUUGAAGAAUAGCAGAGAAGCCCAAAGUUGAUAAAAUUUGCGGGCUUGCAAGGAUUACACCUUAAACGGUUUGAAUUUCCUUUAAAAAAUUUAGGCGAAACCAUGUCUUUGUAGUAAUAUUUAUUAAAUGAUUUUGAAAAUCUUACAAAGAUUUCAAGCACCCUGCGCAUGACUUCCGAUUAGUCUAAAUAGAUACCUUUUAAUAUUCUGCACAAUUGUUUUCAAAUACUUAAAAUACACAAUACAUGGCUUUUAGGUAUUUUGCAUAUAUGCUCUAAAAGUACCCCGCAUGCACUGCAUAAUUUCCUUAAAUGCACUGCACAUGGCUACAAUGGCUCUGCAUAAGCGCAAAUAUACUGCAUAAUCGCUUUAAAUAGCUUUAAAAUGCACUACACGUGACUUUCAAUUACUUUGCAUAUGUGCUCUAAAAUGCACUGCACAAACAACAACAACAAAAAACCCAGUGUAUUCCCACCUGGUGGGGUCUGGGGGGUAGGAUGUACGCAGUCC